AUGAUGGUGAUGGUGGUGGUGAUGAUGGUGUGGACGAUGGUGAAGACUGUGGUGGUGACUGUGGUGACGUGUAGGCCUCACUGUCUUAGCUGCACCUCGUCCAGGAGCUGUUGCUGCUGCCUGGCCACAGCCGGAGGAUGCCCGACACCAUCUCACAGAGCCACGAGGAGGGAACUCUGAGCAGUUAUUAUUCACAACAACGUACCGGACGCCCUGAGCACAGCCGCGGUUGCUCCGAGUCACCAGGAGAGAUGGGUACGGAGGUGGGCGGACGCACAGCAGACCCUCAGGAAACAAUUGGUGGGAUGGCUUCCGCCAGAGGAAGUUGUUGUGGCCCUCGCUGCACACAGCCUGAACUCUGGGCCAGGGCCUGGCUGGGGAGGCCCCCUGUGCCAGCACUGCCGGUUCUUCCUGGAGCGAGGACCCCUGGGGCCGGGGACGCCCUUGCCAGGGUGGCGACCGCAGCCACAGGAGGACGAGGGUUUCUGCUGCCGCGUGAGUCCCUGGCGUCCAGACCCUUGGGGGACAGGGCUGGCUGUGGCACCAGGUGCAGUCGGCUUUGCCGAACUUCCGGUGUCUGGAAGGACGUGGAGCCGCCCGGCCUGCAGUCGGCCAUGCACACCCGAGCCCUCUGCGCCAAGUGCAGGCGGCGCUUGGACGCUGAAAGACCCGGAACGUUUGUCCUUAGAAAUUUCGCUUCCCGCUCGCGAGUGUGGGGGCCGCACCCACAUUCCGUGCAGACACGGAAAACGGUCUCUGAAUUUUCAGUGGCUCCUUUUAAAUCGUGCCGGUUUUUCAGGGAGAGGGGCCUGAGCACGGAGGAGAUGUAAAACCCGAAGUGCUGCCGCGCGGCUCCUGUGCUUGGAAGCGCGUCUGUGGGAGUUAUGUGGCCCCCGCUUUUGCGGAAACGAGUCCCAAUCGCCUGUGAACCGUGGGCAGACGCGCAGGCCCGCCAUGCAGAGAAUGGACAUGGUGGUGCUGCUCAGAAUCCGGCAGAAGGCGGCGUUUGCGUCUGAUUUCUGCCACUAUUUUAGGGUUGGUGGUGCCGUCUGGUCUCACUCUGCUGUCCAGCUUGUGUGGCAACCUCUUUUCCUCUUUGCAUGAGGGCGAAAUUUGGUUCUUGAAGUCCUUUCCAGGAGGGUUUGGACAGGAUUCAGGGUUGUGGUGGGCCAGCCUUGUGGUGGUUUGGAAGCAGCGGCCACUGUUCUACGUUAUGCCGGCUUGUGGCCAAGCUGGCCUCUGGGUCAUUCCUCGUGCUCUGGGGUGA